AUGGCGGACACUAAGAAGAGCAUAAUCGUGCUGGGCGGCUCCUAUGCAGGGGUGUCCAUCGCUCACAACCUGCUGAAGCACGCCAUCCCCAACCUACCAUCCAAGGAGUCGUACGAGGUCGUCCUGAUUAGCACCACGUCACAGGCCAUGUGCAGGCCGGCCUGCCCUCGAGCGCUGAUAUCGGACGACCUGUUCGACCAAUCCCGGCUCUUCGUCAGCAUCCCAGAGCAGUUUAAGCAGUACGGGGCCAACUUCCGCUUCAUCCAGGGCACGGCCACGGAGCUGGACCACAGCGCCCGCGUCAUCACCUUUGAUCUAAAGGCCGGCGGUACUGAGAAGCUGCCGUUCCACGCGCUCGUCAUCGCCACGGGGGCGGCCACGGCCUCACCCCUUCUUGGCUUCACGGGAGAUGAGGACGGCUUACGCGCCAGCUGGGCCGAGUUCCGCAAGGCCCUCCCCGCCGCAAAGAGCAUCGUCGUCGCGGGCGGCGGUCCAACAGGCGUCGAGACCGCCGGCGAGCUGGGCGAGCACCUGAACGGCCGCGCCGGCUACCUCAGCUCCAAGCUGGAGAACCCCAAAGUGCCUAUCACGCUCGUGACGGCGGGCUCGGAGCUUCUGCCGAUCCUGCGGACCUCGCUCGCGAGGAAGGCUGAGGACAUGCUCACCAAGGUUGGCGUUACCGUGGUCAAGAACGCGCGCGUCACGGCCGUCGCGCCGGAACACGCCGGCACGGGCACCGUGGCGGCCAAGACCACGGUGACGCUGAGCACGGGCAAGACGCUCGAGGCGGACCUGUACAUUCCGGGGUGCGGCACGACGCCCAACACGGGCUUCCUGUCCAAGGACCUGCUGGCUGCGGACGGGCGCGUGGACACCAACGCCGCGACGCUGCGCGUCGACAAGGCCGGGCCGCGCAUCUACGCCAUCGGCGACGUGGCCAACUACGCGCGACCGGCCGUGCACUUGAUCCUCGCCGCUGUGCCGGUACUCGCAGUAAACAUCAAGAAGGACCUGCUGCUCGACGCGGGCAAGGACAAGGCCGCCGUUGGCGAGGACCGCGUCUACAAGGAGGACACCAAGGAGACGCAGAUGGUGCCCAUCGGCAAGAGCAAGGGCGUCGGGGCCGGCGGCGGGUUCGCCUUGCCGAGCUUCAUGGUCUGGUUGAUCAAGGGCCGCGAUUACUGGCUCUGGACAGUGGGAAAGCUGUGGAGCGGGCAGCAGUGGAACAAGGAAGGCUAA